AUGGGAUCUUCUGGACUUUUGAGCCUCCUGGUGCUAUUCAUCCUCUUAGCGAAUGUCCAGGGACCUGGUCUGACUGAUUGGUUAUUUCCCAAUAGAUGUCCCACCAUCAGAGAAGAAUGUGAAUUCAGAGAAAGGGAUGUGUGUACAAGGCACAGACAAUGCCAGGACAACAAGAAGUGCUGUGUCUUCAGCUGCGGAAAAAAAUGUUUAGAUCUCAAACAAGUCUUUCUGCAGAUGUAUGUGAAAUGCCAAAUGAAACUGGCCCCUGCCUGGCUUUUUUUAUUCGGUGGUGGUAUGACAAGAAAAAUAAUAGUUGCUCCACAUUUGUCUAUGGUGGCUGCCAGGGAAACAAUAACAACUUCCAAUCCGAAGCCAACUGCCUGA